UAUAGCUCGCUUUCGUUCAUUCUCAUGUAAGUUUCAAGCUGUACGUUUCCGUUGAAUUUUGAGUUAACACACACUGUCACAGUUCUCUUCUCCUUGUGUGCUCGCAAUCAGAUGUGUGCAUGGUGGCCUCCGCCUCGCGAAUCGAGUCACGUGACGUGACGUAAUUAUCGACGUUUUCGGGCGGCGACGCAUUUGGCCCAACACACCGCUCAGCGCAGCACACAACGAGAAGAGGAGCCGCGCGAGAAGCACGUCCCUGCGCUCAAGCGCAAUGUCUCCGUUCUUAGCAGCCACCUUUUUGCUCAGCCUGUGCUUAGCCAACGCCGUCAAUUUCACAUACGUUUACGAGUGGAAUGAAUUUGAUUUCGUCUGGCCAUCAGGAGCGGACACUUCAAUUGGACAGAUAAAACAACAGUUUAAUCCAGAGAAUGUUGAACCACAGUUCAUGGCAGUUUUCGGAGAAAGAAUAUUUGUAAGCCUUGAUUCGUAUGUGGGAGUUCCCGCCUCACUGGUGUGGCUGCCAACGAGCGGCACGUCAACCUCACCUCCAAAGCUUACUCCUUUCCCAUCCUGGCAUUUACAUAAAGAAGACAACUGCGACACUAUUCAGUGGGCUUACGGAUUGGAAGUGGACACAGAGGGACGGUUGUGGGUGCUUGAUAACGGUAGCAGCGUAUGCCGGAGCAAACUUUGGAUUUUCGACCUUCUAAACAACGACACAACCGAGCGCGUUCACCACUUCCCGGACACAGUCGUCUCUCAGUCAAAUAUGGACAGGGCCCUGCGUGAUAUCGUGCUCGACAAAACGCCAGACGAUUACCUUGCGUACAUCUUGGACAUUGGAUCUGAGCACAUCGUCGUUUACAGCCGAAAAAUGGACAAAUCCUGGACAGUCAAAACACGAAGGGGAACAUGGCAAAGCUUGGCCCUCUCUCGUAGCCGGGAAGUGGGAGAGUUGUACCUUGCAAGAGAUAGUAGAAAAGAACUUUAUUCGGUGUCUGUGUCUGAGCUGAGGAAUGAAGGCGGAAGCGCUGCUGUGAAAUUCAUUUGCACAUGGACUGAAGACCCUUACAGAAUGUUAUUCGACAAUGCUGAUGUCAUGUAUGCUGCUUAUUACGGCAAGAAUUACGUCUUCACGUGGAAUAUUUCGGAGUCCUUUCGUGAGCAGCGGUUUCAUGAGGUAAAAAGACAGGGUGCUUCAGUGCCAUUUACUUUUGCCUUGGACACGGACGGCAAUUUGUGGAUUACGGAGCGAUACGUAACUGGGAGUAAGAAUAGGCAUUAUAAACUACUCAAGGCUGCAGUCGGCGCCAGAUCAUAUCAAUUCAUCCCCUCCACAGCUCUUUUCGCAGCCUCAACUACGUCUCAAACUUUCGUGACUGGAGAGAAAAGCACGGAAACGCCGGAAAGCCAAACUGGAACUACCCCACCGACUCUAGAAUCAAACGAAACUUGCGACGGUGUUGCAGAUUUUUCAGAAGAUCACCUAAAAAGUCAGUCUCUGAAUACAAUUCUGAUUUGGAUGCUCGUGUGCUGCCUCAUUUGCUUGGUCUUGAGCGGCGCUGUCAUUGCGUGGCUGACCCUGAGGAUGAAAAAAAUGCAAACCUCUUUGAAGCAGAAUUCGAAGGAAAAUCGUGAGCUGUUGCCAAGUACUUGCGAAAGUCGGCACUAAUGUUCAACUUGUAAUAUCUUACUCUCUUAUUAAA